AUGAAAGCGGAACCGGAAGGAGAGGAGGUGCUCGAUGGCGACGAAAAACCGACCUGCUCAAAGUGCCAGAAGCGUCAAAAGUGCACCAGGAGCCUCUCGAUCCAGAAGUUCCCGCGCAUCCUCGUGGUGCACCUGAAGCGGUUCUCUACUCAGGAGAGGUUCGGCGGAAAGCUGAACACCACUGUCGACUUUUCGAUGAACGGUCUGGACCUGUCGCCCUACUCGGCCGGACAGACGCCCUGCCGGUACAGCCUAUACGGCGUGGCGAACCACUCUGGCACGCUGCUCUCAGGACAUUACACCGCUUACUGCCGACACCCGUACACGGCAGAGUGGUACGAGUACAACGACUCGCGGGUCCACGUGAUGGAUCAGAGAAACGUCAACAGCGGAACGGCAUACGUGCUGUUCUUUGAGCUGGCCGGCUCGAAACACCGCUCCGGCUCGACCCACGUCUAG